CGCCCCGCCUCGGCUCACUUUAAAAGUUUACUCGGGCCGGACUUGCGGUGGAGCGAGCUGUCUCUGCCGGCAUGCUGCGCCUCCGGAGGCUGUGUGCCAUGAGCCUGGCGGUGCAGGGGCCCCGGCCUGUCCUCUCUCCGGGAUGGCAGGAAGCGAAUUCGCAGCACGUCCGUCCGCUCAGCUCCCAAGAGCUGGAACGCACCGCCCCUCUGCCCGUCGGGGGCUUCAGCUACCUUCAGGGACACACCAGUUUCCCUCUUAUCAACAAGACUGUGGGGCAGUGCCUUGAUGCCACAGCACAGAGGUUCCCCGACCGAGAGGCCUUGGUUGUCCUCCAUGAAAACGUCAGGCUGAACUUCGCCCAACUCAAGGAAGAGGUGGAUAAAGCUGCUUCUGGUCUUCUGAGCAUUGGCCUCUGCAAGGGUGACCGGUUGGGCAUGUGGGGACCCAACUCCUAUGCAUGGGUGCUCAUGCAGUUGGCCACUGCCCAGGCAGGCAUCAUUCUGGUGUCUGUGAACCCAGCCUACCAGGCUAUGGAACUGGAGUAUGUCCUCAAAAAGGUGGGCUGCAAAGCCCUCGUAUUCCCCAAGCAAUUCAAGACCCAGCAAUACUACAACAUCUUGAAGCAGAUCUGUCCGGAGCUUGAAAAGGCCCAGCCAGGGGCCUUAAAGAGUGAGAGUCUCCCAGAUCUGACCACAGUCAUCUCGGUGGACGACCCUUUGCCGGGGACCCUGCUGCUGGAUGAUGUGGUGGCGGCUGGUAGCACAGAGCAGCAUCUGGCCCAGCUUCGACACACCCAGCAGUUCCUGUCCUGCCAUGACCCCAUCAACAUCCAGUUCACCUCGGGAACCACAGGCAGCCCCAAGGGGGCCACCCUCUCCCACUACAACAUUGUGAACAACUCCAACAUGAUAGGCCAGCGCCUUAAAAUGCAUGAGAAGCCGCCAGAGGAGUUGCGGGUGGUCAUGCCCUGCCCCCUGUACCACUGCCUGGGCUCCGUGGGGGGCACGAUGAUGUGUUUGAUGCACGGUGCCACUCUCCUUCUGUCCUCUCCGAGCUUCAAUGGCAAGAAGGCGCUGGAGGCCAUCACCAGAGAGAAAGGCUCCUUCAUAUAUGGCACCCCAACGAUGUUCGUGGACAUUAUGAACCAGGCCGACUUCUCCAGUUACGACUUAUCAUCCUUAAGUGGAGGUGUGAUCGCCGGGUCCCCUGCACCUCCAGAGCUGGUCCGAGCCAUCAUCCACAAAAUGAACAUGAAGGAGCUGGUGGUUGUUUAUGGAACUACAGAGAAUAGUCCUGUGACCUUCAUGAACUUCCCUGAGGACACUCUGGAGCAGAAGGCAGAGAGUGUGGGCAGAGUUAUGCCUCACACAGAGGCCCGGAUCGUGAACGUGAAUACAGGGGAGCUGGCCGAGCUGAACACGCCCGGGGAGCUGUGCAUCCGAGGGUACUGCGUCAUGCAGGGAUACUGGGGAGAGCCUCAGAAGACCUUUGAAGCAGUUGGGCAGGACAAGUGGUAUCGAACAGGAGACAUCGCCUCCAUAGACGAGCAGGGCUUCUGCAAGAUCGUGGGUCGCUCUAAGGACAUGAUCAUCCGGGGCGGUGAGAACAUCUACCCAGCAGAACUUGAGGAUUUCUUCCACACACACCCACAGGUGCAGGAAGUGCAGGUGGUGGGAGUGAAGGACCACAGGAUGGGGGAGGAGAUUUGUGCCUGCAUCCGGCUAAAGAGUGGGGAGACCACCACUGAGGAAGAGAUCAAAGCUUUCUGCAAAGGGAAGAUCUCCCACUUCAAGAUCCCCCGCUACAUCGUCUUUGUCAGGGACUACCCCCUCACUGUCUCAGGAAAGAUCCAGAAAUACAAACUCCGAGAGCAGAUGGAAAGACAUCUGAAACUGUGAAUCCAGGGGAGGAGGGGUCCAACCCGGCCUGCCUCCGGCCCCUCCCCCCAAGCCCCAGUCUUCUUUGUCAUUUGGCAUAAAGAGCUCUAUGUUUCCUGGUCUCUGGCUGGAGUACUCUCUCUGGAACGACAGUGGAUGGAGAAAGGAGGAGUCUCAAGAGAAACCAGCACUUUCAGACUGAUUCCUCUGAAUACUACUUUUUAAGUAGAUGAUCUGUUUAAUCUAACCCUCACCCCAUCCCUUUGAGGUUGCAAACCCAUUUUUUCUGUUUCUUCUUCUUCUUUUUGGUACUGGGGAUUGAACCCAGGGAUACUUUACAACCAUCCUCAGCCCU